CCGUGAUGGUUUUUUGUUUGCCACAUGUUUCCUAAUCAAAACCAUUUUAUUUUUCCCUUUGUUCUGCACCCUCUCAUUGAGUCACCUCGCAAAACAAAGACCUUGGAAAAACGGCAGUAACUAGAUGAAGUCUUUUUCUUGUAUUGUCAUGGUGAGCGGGUUGGAGUGCCUUAAAUCGAGGUACCCGGUUUGCUUGAUAUAAUCCGUUUACAAGAGCCGUGGCUCGUAGUACAUUUAUCGCAUAUCAUUGCUUUCAAAUUUUCAACGUGACAAGUUGAUCUUUUAUCAGAGAUUUUGGAACAUUUUUUACGUUGUAUUUUUUUUACAAGCUUGUCUUAUCAUUUACAUGUUAGCCCGGAGUUUUCUUCCAUUGCUCACCAUAUCCUGUCACUUAUACAUAACCAAUUGCUUAUCCCAACACAUUUACCAAGGUUGGUCUGAAAACAAAAAAAAAUCUAUCAUUAUUUACACAUGGGUGGAAUUGAAUGAAAAUACAAAAACAUUUUCUAUUCUCGCAUGAUCAUGGUUAGAAAGGUCGCUGGCGAACGCAAAAUGCAUGUGUGUGAGAGUGUUUUCCUCCGGAC